AUGGCACUCGCACUCAGCUCGAGGUCCAGUCCCGGGGCGAUCAGUCCUCCAGCCAGCGAACCGGCAAGUGCACAUCAACAAGUGAGCGAGGAUGCUCCUCCACAAGGCGGAUUUUUGUUCAUCGCAUCAACUGGCCAGAGGACGCAGAAGGAUCCCAAGCAGCUCAAAACACUGCGCGCACAUGUUAUGCGCAAUUAUCUGGAACGAAGCCAUGCAGAGCAACAAGAGACAGAACCGAAGGAAUUCUCUGUCAUGUCUUUUGCGAGUACCAGAGUACGGACGCAGAGACAGAAGACUGCUGUAACUGGCGGGCAGAAGAUGAGAUUUAGAAUGCGAUCCGGUGAAUUGGAGCAGAGAUACCCCCAUCGAGAUCCGAAAGGUAAGAAGAAGGCCAAGCCUGCGCGAGAUGGGACAGAAAACGAAGCCGAAUCCAACGUCAAUGUGCAGCAGACGGGAGCCGCUGAGUCGGGAUUUGUACCUGGCAUACCUGUUACAUGGCUUGAAGCACGAAAGAUCGAUGUUUUCGGCGUGUUACCAGUCCGCUUGGACGAAGGGGAUGAAGCAAGCCUGUACCUGUUUCGCAACUAUGACAGGUACCCGUGGUGUCCAAUCAACGGACAGAGCAGCUGGUCCCAAUUCGCCAUUAGCGACCAGCUGGUCUUUCACGCGACCAUGUAUAGCUGGGGAGUACACUUCCGUCAUCGCCGAGCUGUUCCGGAUUCGCAGGAAGAAAUGAAAACGCUGCAGCAUAAAUUGGCCGCCAUCUCACUGAUCAACGACCGUCUAUCAGAUUCGCGACAGGCAGCGAGUGAUGAAACGAUCGCGGCGGUGGCCGCUCUGACGAACAUUGCCCUCGUAAUGGAUUCAUACCCGGAGGCGAGCAAACACAUGGCGGGCAUGCAUGCCAUUGUCGAAUUGCGGGGCGGCAUGUCGUCCCUUCGUUCGAGCAUUCAGCAACAUCUUCAACGCUUGAUUAGUUGGAACGAUCUGAUAUACUCGGAGGUCUUUGACGAAAAAUUGCGCUUCCCACCGAUUGAGGUGUGGGAUGAAUCCUGGGCAGGCUUUCAACAGCGCACCUUUUCUGGGCCCUUGCCUGGCUUGAGCCGAGCCGAGCUGAGGGCGGCUGGCGUUCCUCACCACAAGGUCCUAGAUUUGCUGAAUGACAUUCGCGACCUGUGUGAGGCCGAGCAACUCAACCCUCUAAGCACUCUCGUCGAGGAUGGGAGGAUGCGCCGUGGUGACAUGUUUCAUCGGGUGGAAAGGAAAUUGAGACUUAUUGUACAAGGAGACACGGGUCCAGGGAACAACCGUUGGGCUGCAACCGUCUGGCGCUCAGUGUCUCUGGCAGCGUUGCUCUUCACUCAUCACCACUUGCGAGGGAACCCCCUUAAAUACCGCCAUUUCAACGUUUUGGCAACGCAACUCUACGACACACUGUUGACCAUGGACGAGGACCUCAGAGAGCUGGACUUUGCCCCGGCAAUGUUGACCCAGUCGUUGGAAGAAGUGCUUACACAAACAUUGAAACUGACCCAACAAGCCACUGCCUCAUCCAGCAAAAUCACUGACUUCCUGUCAAAUCUCUACGGUCAGGCGCUAAACAUCAACACUGUACUCUGCAGAUCUAGCCUCUUCGCCCGCGCCCGUCCCAAACAGUGGCCCGCUGCGUCUACCGAGGAGAUGCGUCAACUCUCUGCGCAACUCCACGUUUUGGCAGGCAUGAACCUGGACUCCUUCUGGCCUGUCGCACGUCCUGCAGAACCGAUGAGCAAUGCUCCACACAGAACUCACCCAGGUAGCGGCUAUAUUAGUUGGCAGGAUGCCGACGUCCUCUGGGAGGACGUAGGUUCUGACGAGGAUGAAGACGACCAGAGUGAAGAAGAACUCGUCCGAAAUAGUCCGCGGCCCAUCCGACAUCUGCACCCCUGGGCACGAUCCCGAGUCUACGACUUGCGCCGAUAUAACGACGAAAAUAUGUGGGGCCCUUUCACCGACGACGGCACUGAACGCAUCGAUUGGGAAAAGGUGCAGGCUAUCAUGAUUGUCAUUAGCUACAACCACAGAAUGUACAAUGAACGACGUGGGUGGGGCGGCACGGACUUCCUGGGCCUCCCUAGUUCUCCUCCGGACUCUAAAGAGGAGGGAGGCAGGUCAGUCUCAUCGACCAGAACCGACCUCCUCAGACCGUGGGAAUACCUCUUCUCCGGCAUCGCGCCCAACAGUUAUGUAUCGUCCCCCCUCACUGGAAAGAUCAAGCCCACUCCCAAUCCCGAGCUUGAUGCCCUAGACCCCUAUGGGGUCACCGGGACUUGGGUGCGCAUCGUCUGUUUCCUAGACUACAAUGACCUCUAUCGCUUCAAUUUCGAAGGAAGCGCAGAUAUUCCUGACGACCAGGAGCGGGAGCCCAUCCGCACGAGAGAGGCAUUUCGAUUGAUUAGACUGCAACUGCACGUCACGAAGAUAGAAGAGCAAGAGGAAAAGGGGAAAGAUGGGAAGGAUUUGUUGCCGGUGGUUCACUUCGAGGGCACCAGCCGGAGUACCUUCAUGGCCUGGGAUCCUAACGCGAACUCUUGGAUCAGAGGAACCGUCCGCGAAACCCCGUCUGGGGCGAUCCGCUGGACCUCGUUCUCUAUCAUCCACGACGAAGAACGCUGGCGCUCCGAGGGCGUACAGGUCGGUGGCCUCCGCAGUGCCCGUGGCAUCCUGGGCAAUUGGUUUGACAAGGACUACGACGUGCACGGCCCCGCCGGCCCAACGGCGUUUUGGAAGGUGUCUGACGACAUAGUCGAGGAGAAGAGGCAUAAUCUUCCCCAGAUGAUGCAGAUUUUUAUGGCCGAGUAG